CGAAUAAAAACAACAAAAGCAACCUCUUCUCUCUCGAUCUCUUCGCCCCCCCAUCUCCUCUCUCUCUUGCGGAUUCGAUUCGUAUUAUUUCGAUUCGUCGAGCAUUUAAAAGGAAAUUGUUGACGAUAUUUCCUGAUGUUUUAUCAAUCGAGUAUCCGGAACCAGAGGGCUAAAAGCUCAAAGGUUAAAAGGAUACUUCAAUUCACCUUACUUCUCGGUGUUUCUCUAUGGCUUCUCUAUCAGAUGAAGCAUUCGCAUGAUAAGAAGGCUGAGUAUGAAGAAGUCGACCGCAGAAGAAUUAGCCAGCUAGACAGAGAGUUAUACCUGGGUCGCAAAGAGAAAGCGGGCUAUGAAAGCGAGCUUGAAAUAGAUAACCAUGAAAAGAAUUUUGAUGAGAUCAAUGAGAUCUCCAAAACAGAUGAAGAUAGUGGAGCUCAACCUCAUGUUUUUGAUCAUGACGGUGAAGAGAAGGAUGAAGAAAAUAUUUCCAAUAAAGAAAAUGCGGUCUUGCAGGAAGCAGAAAAAGAAAAGGAGCAACAUAGUAAUGAAGAUGAUAAGACUGAUUCUUAUAGUAAUGGUGGAGACGAAGCAGUUGGUAAUGGCACGAGUGAAGAAACUGAAGAGACCCUCAAACUUCCUAGUCAAGACGAGGAUGGAAAUAAUUACUCGGACCAAGACAAAAAUAGAAACGAAGUAGAUGGUCAUGAUGGUCAAAACUUCAAUAUCGAUGGGGAAAAUAGUGAUGAUGCACCGGGUAAAGUGUCUAACGAGGAAAACAUAUUAACCUCAGCUGAUCAAAUAGAGAAUGUGUCUCUCCCAAAAGAUCAAAGCAAACUGGAUGUAUCUAGUAAUGAGGAAGUUCAUGUAGGGGAGUCUGGUGAAUCUAAAGGAAGUAAUGAUUCUGAAUCCGAAACUACGAAUAAAAAUACGGAUGAAGCAGUUGAUGCUGGUGCGUCGAAAAACAAGCAACCCACCAAAGUAAAUCCUAGUGAAGAGAACAAUUCUAUGCCAACAUUUAAUGAUACUUCUAACGAGCAGACAAUUGAACCGCAGCAAGACAAUGUCAAUGCUAAUUCUGAGUAUGAGAAUCACGAAAUAAAAACAGCUGAGCUGCAAUCAGACAAUAAUUCUGAUGUUGUGACAACUAUCAAUGACCUGUCAGGAGAAGCAAAGACCAGCAACGAGAACAACAUAGAGAUGGCAACGAAAGAUGGGGCAUUCGAUUCGAAGCUAGUUGAGCCUGAAGGAAAUAAUGAUGUUAAUGCUAUCACUGAAGUCGCCACUAACAAUGGAGAAAAUAAAGAAGAAGAAGACCGGUCAGCUAGCAAGGAGGGCGAUAGUGCAGAGAAAGUUGGAGAGAAGGCUUCUGAGGUUGAGAAUGUCGGGGACAGUUCUUCAAAUGAACCCGAGAAUAAUGAGAUUACUAAUACUGUAGAUUCGAGUUCCUCUCAUCCGAAUGAGGAGGAUAUUUUAGAGAGAAAAGCCAAUGAGUCUUCCAAUGGCGAGUCAGGUGAAAAAGGAGAUGGUGUUUCAACAGUUGAGGAUACUGAUGAUAAUAAUGCUGAAGAGAUUAAGACUGAAUGGAAGCCCGAGGAUGGAACUAGCUCUGAAUCAGGUAGUAACCUGCCCCUUUCAGGUGACAGUGUAAAAGAAGGAACCGGGCAAGAAGGUCAUACAGAAUAAGAAUUAGUUGGUUAUUUGGUGGUCUAGAAGAAUUGGACGAUCUCGAAACGGAGAUGUUCCACUACGUCGAGUAGAAAUCGAGUGCGAAAGAGUUUCAGAUUUCUUAGGUAAAAUGUGUUUUCUAUCACUUGGUUAUUAGCAUUCUUUUAAAUUGGACCUAAUAGGAUAAUUAUGCCACAUUUUCAUGGAACUAAUAAAAUAGUUUGUCACGGAAUUUUGUCAUGUUUUCAUGAAUAACCUCUUUGAAGCGGUGUGUGUCCAUAAAAUUGUCAUUACAGUAUCAGGUUAGCGUGUAAUUUAUGAAUCGAAUUAGGAGCAGCUUACUUGGAGUUGAUUUCUCAGAAUUCGAAUUCAUGGUUAUCGCAAGUUCACCAUUUUUCAUAUACCAAUAUAGGUACUGUAUGGGUUGUGUUUA